UUGCAUACUUGACAUCGCCACCUCACUCGUCAUUAUGUCCUUUGCUGAUGCUGUUGGUGUGGGUGUUGAGGGAGAGGUGGGGGGCGAGGGCAUUGCUGUCAUGGAGGGCACUGUGUUCGCUUCCGUCAGCCUCCUAGUGCCCCUGUUUGGCUUCCGGGGGCGUUUGGGGAGGGGAAAGAGGAGAGCGGAAAUGGAAUGGAAGGAAAAGGGGGAGUACUAUUCGGCAGAUUGUCCAUCUGUGCUGUGGGCCCUGCUGCAAUAACAGCAACCGGAAUUAUUUCGAGGCUUGCGCUUGAUUGGGAGGAAAUGAGUGGUGUGGAGAGAGCGAGUGCCAGUGCGAAUAUUGAGAAAUGGUGCAUUUUGAGGUUGGUCUUGAGUUGAUUGAGGGAGGUGAGUUGUUGGGUUAAGAGCAGGUCUAUGAGUAGAGGGGUUAGAGAGAGAAAGUAGAGACGUGAUGAAUUAAGAGAUAUGGGCACAGUAGCAAGAGGAAGAUAGAAGCAGUGCUGAUUUAUGAGGUAUGCGUUGCGUAGGGUUGUUUUGUUUCGUGGCUAAGUAAAUAACAUAAUUUGGGACAUUCCUCGCGCAUCCUGUUGGUUACACAGUGUAGUGACCUUCUUUGAGCCGCAGACUUGGGAAGGGAGUGCUGAG